UCCAGGACAACUUGCACACCAGCUUCCUUCGCAGCAGUAUCUACCAUUCCGUUCCAUCGUCAAAAUGAAGUUCUUCAUUGUCGCUCUGGCCCUGUUCGCCUUGGCUGUGGCCCAGGAGGAUGAUGGUGACAAGUACACCUCCAAGUACGACAAGAUCGACUUGGACGACAUCCUGGGAUCGGACCGGCUCUUCAACAACUACUACAAGUGCCUGCUGGACCAGGGACCGUGCACCCCGGAAGGUAACUACCUGAAGCGUGUCCUGCCGGAAGCCCUGGAGACGAACUGCGUCAAGUGUACCGAGAAGCAGGACGCCGACAGCACCAAGACCAUCAAGUAUCUGUCCGAGAACCGACCGGCCGAGUGGAAGGUCCUGAAGGCCAAGUUCGACCCGGAGAACAAGUACGUCGAGAAGUACGAGGAUAAGGCUGAGAAGGAGGGAAUCAAGCUGUAAAGGAUUGCUCAAGAGUGUCAAUGACUUCCGAAAUCUAAAUGAAUAAUGAAAAAUAAAUUUGAUGAAAAACUU